UGCUAGCAGAGAGAUGAUCAGUGUCGUGGAUAAAUAUUUUAGUCUUAAUAGAAUUCUUUUGCUGAUAGUUGGUUUAUGGCCUUACCAAAAAUCGAAACUUGCCCGACUACACUCAUUUUGUUGCAUUAGUAUUAUUGUAACGUUUAUUAUAUUUCAGUUUACAACAUUUCUAACUACUAAAUGUACUACAGACCACAUUAUAAAGAUUUUCGCUUUGUCUUCUGGUAUCAGUGCCUUUGUAAUAAAAUACAACUCAUUUUGCGUUAACAGUAAUACAAUAAAAAAUUUAAUGGAACAACUUCAGUGUAUUUAUGAUGAUAUAAUGGACAAAAACGAAAUUACCAUCAUAGAUAGAUAUGCGGACAUUGCAAAACGUUAUACGAUUACAUUUACAAUAUGUCUCUGUUGCAGUAUAUCUGUUGUUACUGUCGUCCAAUUGUGGCCAGAUUUUGACAUUAUUUUAUCCGCAAACAAGUCUCGAUCAUAUCGUCUACAAGUCUCAACUGAGUAUUUUAUGGAUCAAGAAAAAUAUUAUUACCUGUUGCUGCUCCACAUAAAUUUAGCUUUAUAUAUGGGAUUAACCGUAUUAGUAGCAACAGGAUUGAUGCUCCUUGCAUUCCUUUACCAUGCCUGCGGAAUGUUUGAAAUUGCUAGUUAUCGUAUCAAAAAUGCAAUAGACAUUUAUAUAUCAAGUAUUAAACUAAAAAACAAGAGUUUAGUUUGCAAAGGCCUCAUUUACGGUGUAUAUAUUCAUCGGAAAGCAAUGAUGUUUUCCGAUUAUCUAAUAUCUAGAUUUGAGAUAUCUUUCAUGUUUUUAAUAGUGGUCAGUGUAAUUAAUUUGAGCCUUAAUACUUUUCGACUUUUUCAGAUGUUAUCAUCAUCCACAUAUAAUAUUGAGGAACUUCUAAUAACUCUUAUAUCAACAGGUAUUUGUUUUAUAUACAUGUUCUUAGCCAACUUCAUCGGACAAGAAAUUACAGAUCAUUAUGAUCUCAUAUUUGCCACUGCAUACAAAGUUCAGUGGUACAUAACUCCUCUCUACAUACAAAACUUCAUAUUAUUUCUAUUGCUAAGAGGCAACAAGUAUUUUGGUCUGAAUGUUGGUGGAUUGUUUGUUGGAUCCUUACCAUGUUUUGCUUCGCUAGCAAACGCGUCUUUGUCUUUUUUUAUUGUCAU